AUGGAUAUCAACAACUUGUCCAAACGUGCUCAAGAAUUGUGGAAUGAAUGGGAGUUUCGCUCACUGAUUUUGUUAAGUCUGGUUCUCCAAAUCUUGCUCGUUGUCAUUGGAAAUCGGCGGAAGUACAGCAGUGGAAUCGGGCUCGAAUGGAUUGUCUGGAUAGCAUACUUGUCUGCGGAUUGGGUGGCAACUUUAGCAUUGGGUAUUGCUUCCCGUAGCCAAGGAGAAGACAACGAAAUAUGGUCAAGGCACAUUCUCCAGCUAGCAAUUCAAACUGCCGCGGCUUCUUAUUUCUUGUUCAAAUCAUGGGGUACGGAUCCACUCAUAUAUAUAGCCCUUCCCGUUUUUGUUGCUGGAAUUACCAAGUAUGGAGAAAGGAUUUCGGCCCUUCCCGUUUUUGUUGCUGGAAUUACCAAGUAUGGAGAAAGGAUUUCAGCUCUUUCGCAAGCUAGCUCCGAGAAGUUUAGGGCCUCCGAAAUUGGAAGAAAUUUCAAUAGCGAAUUGAGCGAGAAAUUUCCAUCUGUUGGCUUAUUUGACAUGUCUAUUGAAGAAGUGAAAGAAGAUCUCGGCCUUAACCAUAGUAGCUAUAUGGUCAGCUAUCAUAUCAUAAGUAGCAAGAAAGCCACAGAAGCCUUCAAAUUGAUAGAACUCGAGUCGGGAUUUGUGUACAAUGUGUUUUUUACAAAGGUGACAAGGGUCAGUUUACCGCGUGCAAUUCUUCGCUCCAUUAGUUUCCUAUCUUCUACUUCUGCAUUGGUCACCUUCUCAUUAAUGAUCGCGAACAAACAUGCCUAUCCAGAAACAGAGUUAAUUAUAUCAUACAUCUUGCUGGGUGGUGGAGUUGUUCUUGAGAUAUAUGGGGCCAUCAUGCUACUCUUAUCUGAAUGGGCUAUGCUUCAUCUUAGCAUGCUAAGAAAGUCUUGGGCCGAUUCUGUCUAUCGAGCUAUCUAUUCCGACAGGAACAAAGGGUGGGAAAGAUACAUGGCACAACACGACUUAACAGAUGCUCAAAUAACCAAGAACGGAGCUUUGUGGAAGAUGGUCAUAAAUUCAUUGGUAUGUAAACCAACAGCCAAAGCUUGUUUUCUGAAGUUGAUAGGCAAGUAUAACAUUCAAAGUUGGGAGGUUAUCAGCGACGGAUUAAAAGAAUUAACUUGGGAAUACGUCUUAGAUAAACGUUCGAGAUAUAGUCAUGAAAUGCCUCAACCUGAUCCUGGCAUGAAUGAUUUGAAGGAGAUAUUGGCAGAAAGAGGCGAUCAGGUACUGAAAAGCAUGGGAUGCUUGGAAGAAUUUCGUUGGGCUGUGGUUGAAAUAGACUUUCAUGGGAGCCUCCUUUUAUGGCACAUUGCCACUGAUAUUUGCUAUCAUGAUGAUAUUCGCAAAAAGAAUGUUGAUGCAAAGAAUCCUCCUCCAUAUUGCAAAAUGAGCAGAUCGUUGUCUAAUUACAUGUUGUAUCUUCUAAUUGAACGUCCAAAUAUGCUGCCUAAAGGGAUUGGUGACGAAAGGUACAAGCAAACGGGCAUUCAAGUCACCGAAUUCUCGUGGUGCUGGAGAUCGGAAAUAAUAACACCCACUGAUUGGGGUUCUGAAGAGUUUUUGAAUAAAAUAAAAAAAAAUGGAAACAAGGUGUCAAUGCUACGUGAUGCUUGCAAGCUCGCCAAGGAAUUACAAUCUCCGGAGAAUAAUUCGACCAGCGAAAAAAAGUGGAGGAUGAUAAGUCAAAUAUGGGUGGAGAUGUUGGCUUAUGCAGCAUCUAAUUGUGGAUGGAAAGAGUAUGCUCAAGCACUUACACGUGGUGGGGAGCUCCUCACUCGUGUGUGCCUUCUCAUGGCGCAUUUGGGUUUAAGCGAGCAGUGUCUAACAACUAGAAGAACCGUUUUCAUGGAAGAUCGGAGUUCCGGGGAAGCUUAA